AUGAGAGACUGUAUGACUACUUGGGGAUGGUCGACAGACGGUUGUAUCUGCCCGAUGCGAUGCUUGGAGCGGUCUUUUGAGACUACGGUAUCUAGCGCUAAAUGGAGGAUACAGUCGGGUACUGUAAUUGCCCAAUCGCUUUGCAAUGGAGACCAAUGUGACGAGACGAUAGAUUCUGCGAUGCUUGUUAAUAUUUACUACGAAAGUUUAAACGAAAAAGUGACAAUUGAGAGCUUUUCGUAUCCGACCAUAAAUUUUAUGUCCGAUACCGCUGGCCAGUGCGGUUUUUGGAUUGGCCUUUCGUUUUUGAGCCUGAUCGAAUUUGUCCUCCUGCUUUGGUCGAUAGGAAAAGGCGUAGUACCAUCGCCAAGAUACCUCAUCCAUCUCUACUACCAACGCAAGUACAGAAACGAACAAAUGACGCCAAAUAUCACGCCGCCAUCCUCUAGUGGCAUUAGUGCUGUUGAGGAACCGGAAAAAACCGCUUCCCACUAUUCACCACCAUCACGUCCGACGAUUGCUUACACUUUUCGGAAAAAGAAGCCUCUCGGAGCUAGGGGAUCUGUCUCGUUUCAA